AGGUCGUGAAUCGUAUUGCGAAGCUCACUGAUCGAUUUGUUGCACUCACCAAUCUCAGCUUCGAGCUGGUGCGCCUCCACGCACGUCUCGUUGUGCUUCUCAAAGUACCACUGUGGUACCUCGCAUUCGCAAAAGCGACAGAGGAUCGCGCGGCGUUGAUCGGCCACGCGAACAGGAAGAGUGUAGCAGGCUCGUACACCUGUUGAUGUCCAAAGCCUACCUGUGGCGCCUCAGCAGAGCUGGCUCAUCACCAACCUCGCCGGACUCGAGGAGGCUGUUCCAGGCAGUCCGACUGACCAAUGGGCCUGGCGACCCACAUUGUAUGCGUCGGUGUACCCUCCUCACGUUCCGUCAUGAGCAUCUCCGACCACCUGCUGGUACAGGUUAUUGUACGACGACUGACCGGGUUCAGUGUCAAUGACUUCCAGUCUGAAUUGCACCUCCACGAUGCGUGAAUCGUCGUCGAGUAGCCGCCAAGUCACAUCGCGGAAGGCAUGCCAGCUAGCCGGAGCAAGCAACCGCGAUAUCCAUGUUCCUAUGAGGUCCUCCUGGUCCGUUCCGAUAACGUCCCACCACUCGACCACUCGAGGCAGACUCGCAAUAGCGAGCAGUACCUGGGCAUACCAGUGGUGUCCGCGCCAAUCUGGGUGCUCGUCCCGCGCCUUACCGAUGUUCUCUUGGUAUUCCCGUGGGAGGGGAGACCGGGAGGGAGACGUGGAAUGCGAACUUGCACUGGAGCGAGGCGUGUGGACGGGAAUAUGCAUCGUGCAGGAUAAUCGUCGGUUCGCUAGGGUUUGCGCACUCCAAUCCCGCGCACUCUCGCUUGCGCGGACUGACCACCUCGGGUGGAGGCGUCGGACUGGUGAUGGAACCCAGCGCAGGACUGGAGGCGCCAGUACUUGGACGCGACAUCGGUCACGGACCGACCCCGGGGAAGAGUCGAAUGGCGCCGCAGAGAGGCAGGGUUGUGGAAGACGCGGACGGUUGUCGGCUGUGAUGAUCGCCUUCUGGUAUGCCUGCUGGGGCCGGCACUAGGAGCGGAGGCGGCGAGGCGGAGAAGUCCUCCAAAGACAUACCUGUGGUGGACGAGCCUUCGUGCUCGUUUCCUUUGCUUGACCUGUGCCCUUCCCUCUCCUCUCCUCUCCUCUCUCCUCCUUCGCCUCCCUUUGCGCUCCCGGCUCCGCGUUCUCGUGGUUCUGUGGAUUGGCACUGGACUUCACGCGCCUCGUGCGAGCUUGGGGACCAGGCGAGGAAGGAGGAGCGGUCUUGUCCACGCGCAGGGUCGCCGCAUGCCCCUAGUGCAGUCGGGCGGUCGGUGUGGCUGCCCGAAUCGCGGUCAGACGAGGUCAGGACGAG